GGACUUGAGUGAAAACUUCAUCCAGGCUAUCCCCAGGAAAGCUUUCCGUGGGGCCACCGACCUCAAGAACCUGCAACUGGACAAGAACCAAAUCAGCUGCAUCGAGGAUGGGGCUUUCCGUGCCCUGCGGGGACUGGAGGUCCUGACCCUGAAUAACAACAAUAUCACUUCCAUCCCUGUAUCCAGCUUCAACCACAUGCCCAAGCUGCGGACAUUCCGCCUGCACUCCAACCACCUUUUCUGUGACUGCCACCUGGCCUGGCUCUCGCAGUGGCUGCGCCAGCGCCCCACCAUCGGGCUUUUCACCCAGUGCGCGGCUCCAGCCCAGCUCCGUGGCCUCAACGUGGCUGAGAUCCAGAAGAACGAGUUCAGCUGCUCCGGACAAAUGGACGUGGGACAUGCCCAGCUCUGCAGCUUGUCCUCUGGCUCCUGCCCGGCCAUGUGCACGUGCAGCAACGGCAUCGUGGACUGUCGGGGCAAGGGGCUGACGGCCAUCCCUGCCAACCUGCCCGAGACCAUGACAGAGAUACGCCUGGAGCUCAACGGCAUCAAGUCCAUCCCCCCAGGUGCCUUCUCCCCCUACAAGAAGCUGCGGAGGAUAGACCUGAGCAACAACCAAAUCUCAGAGAUCGCUCCCGACGCCUUCCAGGGACUGCGCUCGCUGAACUCACUGGUGCUGUAUGGCAACAAGAUCACGGACCUCCCCAGGGGAGUCUUCGAGGGACUUUUUGCCCUGCAGCUGCUGCUCCUCAAUGCCAACAAGAUCAACUGCGUGCGGGCAGACGCCUUCCAGGACCUGCAGAACCUCUCACUGCUCUCGCUCUAUGACAACAAGAUCCAGAGCCUGGCCAAGGGCACCUUCACCUCCCUGCGGGCCAUCCAGACCCUGCAUUUGGCCCAAAACCCCUUCGUCUGCGACUGCAACCUGAAGUGGCUGGCAGACUUCCUGCGGGCCAACCCCAUCGAGACCAGCGGUGCCCGCUGUGCCAGUCCCCGGCGCCUGGCCAACAAGCGCAUCGGACAGAUCAAGAGCAAGAAGUUUCGUUGCUCGGCCAAAGAGCAGUAUUUCAUCCCAGGGACGGAGGAUUACCAGCUGAACAGCGAGUGCAACAGCGAUGUGAUCUGCCCCCCGAAGUGCCGCUGCGAAUCCAACGUGGUCGAGUGCUCCAACCUGAAGCUCACCAAGAUCCCAGAGCGCAUCCCGCAGUCCACAGCUGAGCUGCGCCUGAACAAUAAUGAAAUCUCUGUCCUAGAGGCCACUGGCAUCUUCAAGAAACUCCCGCAUCUGAAGAAAAUCAACCUCAGCAACAACAAGGUGUCAGAGAUUGAGGAUGGGACGUUCGAGGGGGCGUCCUCGGUCAGCGAGCUGCACCUCACUGUCAACCAGCUGGAGUCGGUGCGGAGCGGCAUGUUCAGAGGCCUGGAUGGGCUGAGGACCCUGAUGCUGAGGAACAACCGUAUCAGCUGCAUCCACAACGACAGCUUCACAGGGCUGCGCAACGUCCGCCUGCUCUCUCUGUACGACAACCAGAUCAGCACCAUCGCACCAGGCGCCUUUGACACGCUGCAGUCCCUCUCCACACUGAACCUGCUCGCCAACCCCUUCAAUUGCAACUGCCAGCUGGCCUGGCUGGGGGACUGGCUGCGCAAGAGGAAGAUUGUGACAGGGAACCCACGCUGCCAAAACCCCGACUUCCUGCGGCAGAUCCCGCUCCAGGACGUGGCUUUCCCUGACUUCAGGUGUGAGGAAGGUCAGGAGGAGACCACCUGUGUCCCCCGGCCACAGUGCCCGCAGGAGUGCACCUGCCUGGACACCGUCGUCCGCUGCAGCAACAAGCACCUCAAGGCCCUGCCCAAGGGGAUCCCCAAGAACGUCACUGAGCUUUACCUGGAUGGAAACCAGUUCAUUCAGGUCCCAGGGCAGCUCUCCACCUUCAAGUACCUGCAGCUUGUUGAUCUGAGCAACAACAAGAUCAGCUCCCUGGGCAACUCCUCCUUCACCAACAUGAGCCAGCUCACCACCCUGAUCCUCAGCUACAACUCCCUGCGGUGCAUCCCUCCGCUGGCCUUUGAGGGCCUCCGCUCCCUCCGGCUGCUGUCUCUCCACGGCAAUGACAUCUCCAGCCUCCCCGAGGGCAUCUUCACAGAUGUCACCUCCCUGUCUCACCUAGCCAUCGGGGCCAACCCCCUGUACUGCAGCUGCAACCUGCGCUGGCUGUCCAGCUGGGUCAAGACUGGUUACAAGGAGCCAGGCAUUGCCCGCUGCGCAGGGCCCCCUGACAUGGAAGGCAAGUUGCUGCUCACCACCCCUGCCAAGAAGUUUGAGUGCCAAGGCCCACCUGCCCUCAGCGUCCAGGCCAAGUGCAACCCUUGCCUCUCCAGCCCCUGCCAGAACCAGGGCACUUGCCACAAUGACCCCCUCGGCUUCUACCGCUGCGCCUGCCUCAGCGGCUACAAGGGCAGGGACUGUGAGGUGGUGCUCAGUGGCUGCUCCUCCAACCCCUGUGCCAACGGGGGGCCCUGCCAGCCCCAAGAGGGGGAAGGAGCUGGGUUCAGGUGCUUGUGCCCAGUGGGCUUCGAGGGCCCAAGCUGCCGCGUCACCAGCGACCCCUGCAAGGAGCACAGCUGCGAAAACGGGGGCUCCUGUGUGCCUAGUGCCACCAACUACACCUGCCUGUGCCCUGCUCACUACUCAGGGGAUUUCUGUGAGCAGCCACCGGAUUUCUGCUCGACUGAGCUCAGCCCAUGCCAGCACGGCUCCACCUGCAUCUCUACCAGCCAGGGGCCCAGAUGUGAGUGUGCACCUGGCUACAUGGGGAGCAACUGCAGCGAGGACUUUGACGACUGCCAGGACCACCGAUGCCAGAACAAUGCCCGCUGCCUGGAUGAGGUGAACGGCUACUCCUGCCUCUGCACUGAGGGCUACAGUGGCCAGCUUUGCGAGAUGCCACCCCACGCUGCUGGCCAGCCCAGCCUCUGUGAGCCUGGCUUUGGCGGCCCCAAGUGUGAGAAGCUGCUCAGCGUCAACUUUGUGGACCGUGACACGUACCUGCAGUUCACCGACCUGCAGGACUGGCCCCGGGCCAAUAUCACCCUGCAGGUCUCCACGGCUGAAGGCAACGGCAUCCUGCUGUACAACGGUGACAGCGACCACAUGGCCGUGGAGCUGUACCAGGGCCGUCACGUCAGGGUCAGCUAUGACCCUGGCACCCACCCCAGCUCAGCCAUCUACAGUGCCGAGACCAUCAACGAUGGGCAGUUCCACACCGUGGAGCUGGUGACCUUCGACCAGAUGGUGAACCUCUCCAUCGAUGGCGGCAGCCCCAUGACCAUGGACAACUCGGGCAAGCACUACACUCUGAACAGCGAGGCCCCCCUCUACGUGGGAGGGAUGCCUGUGGAUGUCAACUCGGCUGCCUUCCGCCUCUGGCAGCUCCUCAACGGCACCAGCUUCCACGGGUGACUCUACAUCAACAACGAGCUGCAGGACUUCACCAAGACACGGAUGACGCCAGGGGUGGUGCCAGGCUGCGAGCCCUGCCGCAAGCUCUACUGCCUGCAUGGCAUCUGCCAGCCUGCCGGUGCCCAGGGCCCCAUCUGCCACUGCGAGCCCGGCUGGGACGGGCCCCACUGUGACCAGCCCCACGGAGGCCCCUGCCAGGGGCACAAGUGUGUGCAUGGGCUGUGCCUGCCCCUCGACGCCCUCUCCUACAGCUGCCAGUGCCACGAGGGCUACCAGGGUGCCCUCUGCAACCAGCCCACUGAGCCGCCCGACCCCUGCCACCACCAGCCCUGUGUCCAUGGCCACUGCCGCCUCACCCCAGGUGGCCAACCAACUUGUGAUUGUCACAGCGGCUAUGCUGGAGCCCUCUGCGACCAAGGCCCUUGGGCUGAGCAUCACGGAGAGCCGGUGCGGGACUACCACCAGGUGCAGCGGGGCUACGCCAUCUGCCAAACGACACGGCCAGUGGCCUGGGUGGAGUGCCGGGGGACCUGCGGUGGCCCCGGCGCCAGCUGCUGCACUGGGCUGCGGCUUCGGCGCCGGAAAUACGACUUCGAGGAUACUACUGGGCAGGAAAAUGACGGUGGCUUUGUUUGGCCCGUGGGGUUUGUGUGUGUCACUGUUGAAGACGCUGGUUUGUACUAG